AUGCUUCUCAGUAGCAUUUACAUUUUGCUUGUGGGCUUUACUAAUUGUUUCUUUUUCAAAAUUUCUUGGUCAACAUCAGACUUCAGCUUGGAGGGAGAUUACUUAUUGGGUGGUCUUUUCCCUUUACAUGAAAUUGAACAUGAAACAACCCUGUUUUCCGCAGAGACCACCGAAUGUUUCAGGCACAUUUCUUCAAAAUCUGGAUAUCGUAUGUUGCAAGUAAUGAGGUUUGCUGUUGAGGAGAUUAAUAACUCCACCACUCUUCUGCCCAAUGUUUCUCUGGGCUAUACAAUUUUUGACUAUUGUUCUAAUACAAAAUUUUUUAAUUCAGCCUUAAGUUUCAUCUCAAAGAAUGGCUCAAUAAAACCUAAAGAAAAACUCAACAACUAUCAGCCUAAAGUGAUUGCUUUAACAGGACCAUAUGGAAGCACAAGAACUAUGACUAUUGCACCACUGUUCACAAUGGACCUAAUACCAAUGGUGAAUUAUGGAGCUUCUACCUCUGCGUUAAGCAAUAAACUUCAGUAUCCUUCCUUUGUGAGAACAAUUCCUAGCAACAAAGACCUGAUAGAGAUGAUUAUUCACAUCAUACGGUGGUUUGGAUGGAACUGGGUUGCCUUUAUUGGUAGCCAAGAUGAUUAUAGUUCAGAUGGACUAAAGCUGUUUAAUGAGUAUAUAAAAAAUACUGGCAUUUGUUUGGCCUAUCAAGAAUGUCUAAGUCUAAAUGCAAACUACAGUCUAACACUUAAAAAGAUUGAUAUGCUUAACAUCAAUGUUAUUGUAGUUUUUGCUUUGCCACAAUACGCAAGCAAAUUCAUCAAAGCAGCCAUAGCGAACAACAUCCAAGACAAAGUAUGGAUUGCAAGUAAUGCAUGGGCUAUGGAUCAACAGCUUCCAAGAGAGCCAGGAAUUGGGAAAAUUGGCACAAUAAUUGGCAUUGCAGAGAGACUGUUGUCAUUGCCCGGAUUUAAUGAAUUUGUCUAUAAAGCCAGACAAACAACUGAUGUUGGCCAUAAUGAUUCUGAGGGUGCAAUCAAGAGUAAGAUAUGUAAUCAAUGAAUACUGCGGUGAUUACUUUGCUGUUAAA